UAUGUACUUCAAGUAAGUCCUGUUUUCUAGAACGGAACCAGCGGACCAUUUCACUCUACUCUACUCCCCUUUGUGUUAAUGGAAUGUCCCUCUAUGUCAAAGGUCAUUCAACUAGUAGCUUUUGCUCGCAAAAAAGUUCGUCGUGAAAGAUUUGCGGCCGUUUGAAUCACAACCUUUCUCACCGCCGAUUUUGCACAGAUCAACCACUGUAGUGUUGUCAGCUAUGGGCCGGUUGAAGAGAAGACACAACUGGAAGGCGCGCCAGGGAGUGGGCAUUACGAUUGACAACGCUGGCACUGAGGACAUCAAGCUUGAACUACAGGACAAAGAAGAGGUGUCGGGGAUUGAUGCUUGCAAUGCCCUGGUGCUGCCAUCUCAGAAGAGAAAGGUGAAAAAGGUGGAGAAAUCUAAUAAGCCUCAGCAAAAACCUCUCAGCAAAAAACAAAAGAAAUUGCUUCAGAGGAAGAUUGAGCAAAAGGAGAAGAAAGCAAAGAGAGCAGACUUACUAGAGUCGCUAUCUCAAGUUCAGGUUCACUCUGAGGAACUGAAACUCCUACAGUCCACUCAGACGAUACAUGGUAAGCUGACAAAACGACCUCACCCUUACCCUGCCACCUCCGCAACGGGGUCAUGUAAGGUCAACAGCAUCAGUGGCAGUAAGAAGAGGAAGAUGACAGAGGAGGUCGAGACCGAAAGUGAAAGUGAAAGUAGUGACAGUGACCUUGAUGAUAACAAUGAAACUGAAAUCUGUAACAAAAACAGGGAAGAAAUUACGAGCAUCGAGAGAGAACAAGUAGAAAAGGAAGAUAGUGAUAUUGUGAAAUAUGAUGAAAAGACUGCUGAAGAAUGUUAUACAGGAAAAAAGGGAAGUGAUGACGUAGCAAAUACACAAAGGAAAAAAGAUGAAAAGGCACAGUCCACUGGAAAGAGAGAGAGGAGAGACAGCACCCCUGCAGUGUAUGUCCCUGUAGAGAGAAGGCCUGACAUCCAAGAGUCCCGACUACAGCUGCCAAUCUUGGCUGAAGAACAGGUUUUGAUGGAAGCUAUCAAAGAUAACCCAGUAGUGGUUGUGUGUGGAGAGACAGGCAGCGGGAAAACUACACAGAUUCCACAGUUCCUGUAUGAAGCUGGCUAUGGAAGGGAUGCCAUGAUUGGCAUCACAGAACCUCGACGUGUAGCAGCCGUCAGCAUGUCCCAACGUGUUGCUGAAGAGAUGAACCUGUCACAACGUACCGUGUCGUACCAGAUCCGAUAUGAGGGUAACGUCACCCCAGAAACAAAGGUCAAGUUCAUGACUGAUGGUGUUUUGCUGAAGGAGAUGCAAAAAGACCUCCUUCUGUCAAAAUACUCUGUCCUUGUCAUAGACGAGGCUCAUGAGAGGAGUGUCUACACAGAUAUUCUGAUUGGUCUGCUCUCACGCGUGGUGCCCCUCAGGACCAAGAAGGGAAACCCCUUGAAGCUUGUGAUCAUGUCUGCCACCCUUCGUAUUGAGGACUUCACACAUAAUCAGAGAUUGUUUAAGAUCUCGCCACCCGUCAUUAAAGUAAACGCAAGACAAUUCCCAGUAACGGUACAUUUCAAUAAGCAAACUCCAGGGGAGUAUCUGCAGGAAGCGUACAAGAAGGUCUGCAAAAUCCAUCGCAUGCUGCCAGCCGGAGGCAUCCUGGUGUUCUUGACAGGGCAAGCAGAGGUACAUGCCCUGUGUAGGAAGCUGCAGAGGAGUUUUCCCAGUGUAGGUGAUGCAAAGGUGAAGAAAACAGCAGAGUCAAAAGAAACUAAGAAGUCAAAGAAAGAACAGAAGCUGCUGAAGAUCGACCUUGACAACUACACCAUCGAGGGAGAUGAGGACCAGGCUGAUGAUGGGAUACUGGAGGAUGACAUUGAUCUGGAGGCACACAUUGUUGGAGUUGAUGAUGAGGAUGACAUGGAUGACAAUGGUGACAUGCCCACAUCUGAUGCAGACCUCCCCAUACACGUCCUCCCCCUCUACUCCCUCCUCCCCCCGGACAGACAGCAGCGGGUGUUCCUGCCUCCCCCUGCAGGGUCCAGGCUUGUUGUCGUGGCAACCAAUGUGGCCGAGACCUCCUUGACCAUUCCACAUAUCAAGUAUGUUGUGGACACUGGGAAGGUCAAAAAGCGGUUCUAUGACAAGGUUACAGGGGCUUCUGCAUUUCAGGUGACCUGGGUAUCCAAGGCGUCUGCAGACCAGCGUGCGGGUCGUGCGGGAAGAACAGAACCCGGACACUGCUACAGACUCUACUCCUCUGCCGUGUUCUCAGACUUCCAGACAUUUUCACCUCCAGAGAUAGCGAGGCGUCCCGUGGAAGACUUGGUCUUACAGAUGAAGGACAUGAGCAUUGACAAGGUGGUUAAUUUCCCCUUCCCAACACCACCUGAUGUGGAGGCAGUCCAUGCUGCAGAGCAGCUCUUGGUCCAGUUGGGGGCGCUGCAGCAUACGGCAAAACCUAAGGACCCAAAGGCAGCUCCGUCUCCUGUCAUCACCCCCCUCGGCCGUGCCAUGGCUCGAUUCCCCGUGUCUCCUCGCUUCUCCAAGAUGCUGGCGCUGGGCGAGCAGCACGGCUUGCUCCCAUAUGUCAUCAGUAUUGUAGCUGCCCUGACUGUCCAGGAAAUCUUCCUCUCGGGUGGCGGACCUGCAGGGAGGGCAGAGGAACAGCAGGAACAGCAGGAACAGCACGCCCACAGCAGCAUCGCUCAGCUGAAGAACACGUGGGCGGGGCAGGGGCAGUCCCUCCUGCUGGGUGACAUCAUGGUGCUCCUGCGUGCUGUGGGAGCAUGUGAGUUUGCUGGCUGCACCAACAAGUUCUGUGAGGACAAUGGACUGAGAUAUAAGGCAAUGACUGAGAUCCGAAGCCUGCGCACACUGCUGACUAAUGCCAUCAACACAGUGUGUCCAGGAGCUAAGGUGCACAUAGACCCAAACAUGAGACCCCCCACAGAGCUGCAGGCAAAGCUACUGAGACAGAUCAUGCUAUCAGGGUUAGGGGACCGAAUCGCCCGCCGAGUUCCCACAGACCAGAUCUCGGACAAGAGCCAUAAAUUUGCAUAUCAAUCCACCUCCAUGGAGGAGUAUGUCUUCAUCCAUCCCUCCUCCGUUCUGACCAAAACUCGCCCAGAGUAUGUCAUAUUUCAUGAGAUCAUCGAAGCAAGGAAGCCUUACAUGCACUGUGUAGCAGCCGUGGAGCCGGAGUGGAUUCCGUUAUUGGUGCCUAACUUGUGCACGUUUUCUGAGCCGGUGCAAGAUGUGCCGCCAACAUAUGAUAGUGACACAGGUCGGGUCAGAUGUCACCGCACCAGCACGUUCUCCAGACUGGGGUGGCAGAUGCCAUCUGUGGAGGGAGACUAUCCAGAGGGACUGGACAGAUACAAAUGGUUUGCAAAGUUUCUCCUAGAGGGAGCUGUGUUCCCAGAGCUGAAGAGGAUGACACCACUCCUGCUGUCUCCCCCUGCCAUCAUGGUCAAGCCCUGGGCCAACCUGCAGCCUCGCACACAGACACUCCUGAAGGCACUGGUGUCGUCAGAAGCAGACAAUAGAGAUAGCCUACAGAAGGCUUGGGAGAAGAACAACAAGUUUCUGCUGUCAGCAUUUGCAGAGUGGGUGCCACAGAGUAUACUCCCAAACCUGACAGAGAUGUGGCCUCCUGUAUAGACUGCCUGCCUGCCUAAAGCUAAGGGCACAACCCGCCGUGCAUGCAAUUUGUCCGUGUUUUUUUUGGGGGGGGGGACGAAUCCGCAGGCCGAUGGCACACAAAGUUUUGCCUGUGCCGUGUCUGCGUGCUCCAAAAUCUGUCGGUUUCCCUAAGAGUUCGUACGGAGGUGGUACUUUCCACAUCCCAAAAGAUUGCCCACAUUUUGGCACGUAGACAGCAUGUAUUUGCGUGUACGGUGGGUUGUGCCCUUAUAGCUUAAGUGCUGUAUAGCAUUAUGAUUUCAUUACAGAUUUUAUCUAAGACUUGAAACACCCACCUGGAUUUGUUGGAAAGUUUUUGAUAUUCCAGAAGAAAAUGUAAACAAUAAUUUGGUAACUUAAAAAAAAGAUCUCUUCUGAACACUUAGAAAUUACAAAAAGAAAUUAACUAUUUCCAGGCCUGCGUGUAUCUACAUGUGUAGGUGAUAUGUUAUUAAGUCAGAAGAUGUCAACAGAUUAACGUCAUUAUUAUUUGAAUGAGAGUGAAUCCAAUGUUACUUCAGUGAUAAGUCAUUAAAAGAAUGUCAUCAUCUAAACUCUUUCCAUUGAUAUCUUAAAUCGUUAAGAAAAACUAUAUAUAUUUUGAGAUGUAUAGUUGUCAUCUGACCACAUAUUAUGCUCACAAUUACUGUAAGUAUAGUAGGUUCCUAUUGUAUGCUAGUACUAUGAAUGGAUUGGCAGGUUUUCAAUGAAAUGGAUUUUAGUUUGUAAAUAUUGCCUGUGAAUAUUAAUACUAUUGAAGAAGGUGUGACAUUUACAACAUUGCAACAACAUUAUGGCUGAAAAAUAAGGGUAUUCUAUGACUAUUUCAUUCGGUGAUAAUAAGAUUAUCAAUCUAAACUAGAAAGACUGAUAUUUGCUUUUGAGCAAACUCAGCAUAUAUCAACCUUUGGUGUAAAAAUACCCCGAAAUCAUUUGGUAGGAAUGUUAGAUUAUUUAGAAUGGUUUAGUCCCCCCCCUCACCGAUGGAACAGUCGACGCAUGCGGACUGGGGCUUUGGGGGUACUCCGGUAUGAGACCGUAAGAGUGAAUACAACUUGCCAUCGAGUGACCUACGUCUGUGUGGAAAUGUGUGAUUAUUCCCUAGUAUAAGAGGGAGUUGGAGCCAGGUUAACAGGAAUACCAUAGCACAGGAGACAAAAAUAUUCCUGGUCUUGGUCUUGACAUAUGCACACCUAUACCAAAUUUCUGCUCCUCAGACCUGGCUUUCUGCACCAAAGCUGCCCCCAGUGCUGGGGUUCCCAGGCACCAUUGACACUAGGUACUAGGUACUAGUUUGAUAUUGCUUAUUUUUUGUUACUUUGCUUUACAUUGAAGUUAUCUACAAUUUUUCAUAAGGGUUAGCAAUGGCAAUAAACACACUUUUUAAUUAAACGUUAAUAUUCUAUU